GUAAUGUCCAAUCUUUUUUUUGUCUUCUCUAUUAAAUGCAUAACCAAUACGACGACUUCAUUUUUUUGACCAGUUAUCGUUCACCUGUUCAAAGUUGCAUCUGUUUCUCUCGUGAUGUACAAAGCAGAGCAAUUAGAUUGACCGUGAAAGAUCAAGAUGACAUAUUGGCUUUUUGUUUUUUUAAAUUGAGGUGUAUUGCAAUUGAAAGAGAAUGCUUGCUGACGUGAUAUGAAAAGUAGGCCAUUGACACCCUCGGUCUUGAGUAAAAACAAGGCCAAGGGCUGUGUUGGCUUUUUUUUUUCUGUGGGAGGAAAAAAUUAUUUCCAGGUGUAUGUGCAACUGUGGUUGCAUCGUUCCUGACUUCAAGUGACACAGAUUCCCGUAUUUGAUGAUGUUAGCGGGCUUUAAAAGGCCCGCAGCGCAAACAUCCACUUCACACCCGAUUACGUCCGACAAGUGCGAUGACAGCUCUUAACUUGGUCCCAUUCUUUUUGGUUGCUGUCAUGUUGCCCGGCGCUUUAACUCAAGGAGGAUUGCCCAGUUGUUGUCGCAAAAUUUCUGACACGCACGUUCGUCGAGAUCUGCUGACCAAGUACUACGUUCAACGACCGCCUGCUUGUUCUUUGCACGUUGUGGUUUUCAUCACCGUACAAAACAAGAGAAUCUGCGCUGACCCUUACAAGCCAUGGACCCAAACCAGCAUGGCAUACCUCGAUGGGAAGAACGGCCAUGCCCAAAAGAACGGCACGCAAAGGAAGCACACAAUUUCUCGUGAACUGCAGUAGCUUUUUUCUAUCUUAAAACCUCCAUGAACCAUUUUUUUUUUUUUUAGAAAAACUGCAAUGAUAAGGCCAAUUGUGUUGCAAGGACUCUAAAUAUCAAGAGCAAAACAUUGCUGUUUCAAGAAGUGUGUAUGAAACUGGUAGCCCUUUGCAAGAAGUAGCUCUUAGUUGAAAAAAAAAAAAAAAAACCUGGUCACCCCUCCAAUACUGCCUUGCCAAGUCAAGCAGAAACCAAGUAGUCACAUCCAAAUUAGGAAAGUACGAUUGGUUCUGUCAAAAAGUUGGAACUAAGCCAAUGUUUGGAAUAGAUCCUUAAUUAAAGGAAGGA